AUGGGACCAGAUAGUUCUGUGGACUCUGAUAGUGAACUGAACUGGGACUUGCAGCUUGGUGAGAGACAGAGGCAGCAGUGGAGGGAGUGGAGAGCCGAACAAGUUCCAGCUGUCCUGAGUCCCACCUACAAACAGCGGAACGAAGACUUCCGUAAGCUUUUCAAACAGCUGCCCGACACCGAACGCCUCAUUGUGGACUACUCCUGUGCCCUUCAGCGGGACAUCCUCCUACAGGGACGCCUCUACCUCUCCGAAAACUGGAUUUGUUUCUAUAGCAACAUAUUCCGGUGGGAAACAUUGCUCAUGGUCCAGCUGAAGGACAUUUGCACCAUGACCAAGGAGAAGACGGCGCGCCUCAUUCCCAACGCCAUACAGCUCUGUACAAACAAUGAAAAGCACUUUUUCUCCUCAUUCGGGGCCCGGGACCGGACGUACAUGAUGAUGUUCAGACUGUGGCAAAAUGCCCUCAUGGAAAAACCUCUGUGUCCGAAGGAGCUGUGGCACUUUGUCCACCAGUGUUACGGGAACGAGCUCGGUCUGACCAGCGACGAUGAAGACUACGUUCCCCCAGAUGAAGACUUCAACACUAUGGGGUACUGUGAGGAGCUGCCCGUGGAGGAGAGCCCGGAACCGGUCCAGGAGAGCGGACAAACUCUGGCAACCCCCGAGGACAACAGCAAAAACGCACAGACCAAAGCCGACGCCAGCCCCACCGCGCCACACCCAGGCUUCUGCAGCAGCACGGCCCCUGAGCUGCCCAGCAACGAAUCCCCUGUGCCUCAGUUUGAGGCUCCAGCCGUAGAGGACGUCUCCAGCCCUGCCCCAGAGCCAGAGCCCGUGUCCCUGUGUGUGCCCGAUAACCGAACCCGCCCUCACACCCCCCCUCCCUCUCUGGACCUCAACGACAACGAAGACCUGCCCACCGAGCUCAGCGACUCCUCCGAGACACACGAUGAAGGGGAGGUGCAGUCGUUCCACGAGGACCUCUGUGGGCGCCGUUACCUGAACUCUGUGUACCGACUGGGAGUGGACAAGAUGUACGACCUGCUGUUCUCUGAGUCGGACUUCAUGAAGGACUUUUUGGAGCGAAGGAGGUUCUCAGAUGUGGUGCACCGGCCGUGGAGGAAAGACCCGGAUGGAAACCAGACCAGAGAGCUCAUGUACAGCAUCGCACUGAACAACCCGCUGGCCCCGAAGGCAGCCACCGUCACGGAGACACAGAUUGUGUACAAAGCCAGCCAGGAGAAUGAGUGCUACGUGAUUGACGCAGAAGUGAACGCCCACGACGUCCCGUACCACGACUACUUCUACACAGUCAACCGCUACGUCCUGACGCGUGUGGCCAAGAACAAGUGCCGCCUCAGAGUGUCCACAGAGCUCCGCUACAGGAAACAGCCGUGGAGCCUUGUCAAGACCUUCAUCGAGAGAAGCUUCUGGAGCGGCCUGGAUGACUACUUUAAACACUUGGAGGUGGAGCUGAACAAGCUGGAGCUGCUGCUGCUGGACGCACACUCCCAGUCGCCCCGGAGCAAGGGCAUGAGGGGCAGCCAGCGAAGGCGGAGGCGGACCUUCUCCCACCACCUGAGACCCGUGGGCAGUGUGGAAGGGGACUUGGGCGCAGUGACCACCCCAGAGGAGGAAGAGGAGGGCAUGCAUCUCAUCAAACAUGUGGCAGGUUCCACUCAGACCAGACAUCUCUCGGACUCUUCAGGAGGCCUGGCACUUUACAGCUUCUCCAAAAUCUUACUUUUUAUAAGCCUUGUUUUAAUUUUGCUGGUAUUACUCAACUUGAUGCUGUUCUAUAAGCUGUGGAUGCUGGAGUACGCCACGUCCAGUCUCACUGCGUCCCACGGACUGAAGCCCCCGGAGAGCCCCUCCCCGCAGACGCAACUGGAGUGGGUGCAGCUCCUGGACUCUCAGCAGCGUUUCCACGACAACGAGUUGCACAAGUGGAAGGAGAUCAUCAAGUCCUCUGUGUUACUGCUGGACCAGCUCAGAGAAUCUUUGGUGAACCUCCACAAGAACAUCGGCUUCAGGGACUCCUCCUCCCAAUCCCAGAAGGACACGCAUUGCCAACACUGA